AUGCCGACGAUAUCCGCUCCGGGUGGACUCGAACCUCCAAGGCCUCCCUCUGCCAAAAGUUUCGUGCGUGGAACUUUUUCCACUAGACUAUUUGGUGACGCUUCUCUGGGCCUUUCGGUUCGUCUUUUCUCUCUCUCGAUUUUUUUGUCGGAUCUUUCUGUCGAUAUUUCUCGUCUCCCAAGACCAUUCGGCAAAAAUGGAAAGCGGAUUCCUACUAAAUUUUGUACGCUCUUUCAGAAUUUGGAGGUCUCAUGUUAAAAGCUCACGGACAGUUGAAACCAUUCCCUUGUAAGAAAUUCCGCUGAACUACAGUCCUCCGCUCUACCAACUGAGCUAUGGUUGGGCUCUCUAAAUUUUCUGAGAGUUGUAUAUCAAUUUCUCGACAAAUUUUACAGCGUUUACCUCGAUCACAAAAGCGCAAACCUACAAAUAAAAAAAACCUUUUGCAUUUCUCUAGACAUUCAAACAGUACCCUAAGCAGCUAGCUGACUAUGUUUGGCUCCCUGAUUUUAACAAACCCAUUUCAGCGGCUGUAUAAGCAAUCAUUGGAUCAAUUUGAGAAACGGGACCAAGAAAGAAACGAAAAACUCGAUGCCAAAGCCGAAACUCUGUCAGUUGCUGGGCGAGAAUUGGAAUCCGAGAUCAGAGUGAGUUGCUCUACCAUAAACUAACAAUAAGCUCUAUCAUAAACUAGUAAAGUAUAUCGAGUAAUUCCCGUAUUUGGUUUUCUAAUUUCCACUUUUUUCAGGCCAUCUAUGACAAUUUGGACCUAACCGACAAACAGACGUGCGAAGCCGUAGCCGAAGCCGUCUUUAUGAGUGCUACUGUGCUGCAGAAGGAACUAGGAAUCAGCCCACCGCCAUGCGAAGAUGUUUUCAAAAAUCUCCACAAACACUAA